GUUUUCAUAAGUGUAAGUGAAGCAGAUCUGACUAUUUGUCCUAAUAAUUAAAAUAUUAUACUUUUUUAAUUGUAAAUAAAAGUUCAAAUCCAUAAAAAAAGGAUGAAAUUUAGCGGAUGCAGCUUUACAUGACGCAGAAACGUUAAGGAUCAAUAAAUACGUUUGAAAUCAUCAAUGAAGGAAGCAUCACCCCCUGUUUCUGCCAUGGCUACUCCUACAAACGGCAGUGGGAAUUUGGUAGAUGAAUUCGAAGAAGCUUUUCAGCACUGUUUAAAUGUACUGACCAAAGAAGAAGCCAUUGGUAGUACAGAUAAGGAUGAUAUUAGGACUGAAGUGGAACAAACGACGUUAAGAUUCAUAGAUUUGGCUCGCCAAAUGGAAGCCUUUUUCCUUCAAAAGCGUUUCCUUUUAUCUGCCCUUAAACCAGAAAUGGUAGUUAAAGAAGACAUAAACGAACUCCGGUUGGAACUAGCCAGAAAAGAUGAACUUUUAAAACGCCAUUACGAUAAAAUAAUCGUUUGGCAAAAUCUGUUAGGUGAUUUACAGGGUUACGCAAAGAGUCCAGCUCAGGGAGGCUCAACUCCGAAUAUGAUGAACAAUGGGGGCUCAGGGUCGAUUCCACAGUCGCCCAUGAGUUCGGGAGUUCCUGGAAACCAAACCCCUAAUCAGAUGAUUGUAUCUGGUAUGAGUCCUGCUAUGCAACAACAGUUACAGCAACAGCAAUUGCAGCAAAUGCAACAACAGCAGCAACAGUUGCAGCAAAUGCAACAACAACAACAACAGCAACAGAUGCAACAGCUUCAACAACAGAUGCAGGUAGAUCGACGUUGACCUGUUGAAGUAUGAAGCAUGAUUGUCGUUCGUGAUGCCAAAAUUGUCGAAAUAUUUUUAUUAAUGUGUUGCCAAUGACUCUCAUUAACUUAUUUUUAGUAAUUCUGUUACUUUUCUAUGCACAAACUAAAACGAUUUCAUAAUUAGUAAUUGAGAAUAAUUUAAGAGCGUCAAAAGUUUCUCGUUUAUUAUAAUAUCUGUACAUAUCACGAUUUAAUUUUUCAUGAAAUGUUGGUGCAACGAUGAACUUCUUUGCAACUCUAUUUCAUUUUAUAUAUGACGCUUUUAAAUAUUUAAAUUACGGCUGCAGUUAACUUCGUUACGUUUUUCAGGGAACAUUCCACUAGCAGUCUUUAUAGGCAUAAUAUUGUGUUAAUGCUUAACUGUUCCCCUCAAAAUUUAAAAAUUAGAAAGCAGAUAAUUCAUUUUCGAAACAAAUAUGAUUAAGAGCUCGCGUAACUUUUUAUUUUCUGACGCACCCCCUGUUAAAGACACGUAUCAUUUUUUUCAUGCUUGAUAUUCUCAGGGUUUUUCCUUCGCAGUAUUUUUGUCUCUUUCUUUUGUAAACCACAAUACUACUACUACUACUAUUACUGCAGACUUUUAUAGUAUACGCUAAUAUUUAUUGCUCAAUUGUGCCUUGUAGGUUUAGCAAAAACAAAAAAUAUUCCAGAAUACCCUUAAUUAUCUAUAAUGUAAAUUAAAUGCAGUGUGAUUAAAAAUUUUCUGUGUAACACUACGUUGUGGCAAAUCAUACAGUUUAAUGAUAGAAACGUUAACAGUAGUACGUUGCUUAUUACUUAGUUUUCUAUAAGUCUGUACUAUUUUUAUCGAUAUCAAAUAAAUAUUUUGAAAACA